ACUUUCCUGAAACAACCAUUUUGAUGACUGAACCACACUUCAACUUUACCUCUAUCAAGGAUGCUACAGAUGAAAUUUUGUUUGAAGAAUAUAAUUUCAAAGCCCUUUGCCGAAUAUCAGCUGCCCAAUUGAGUGCUUUCAAAUGUCACAAAGAAGAAGUGGACAAACGUCUGAUAUCCCUGGUUGUAGAUACUGGAUAUUCCUUCACACACAUCGUGCCUGUUUUUAAUGGCAAAAUAUUGAAGAAAGGGAUAAAAAGGAUUAAUGUUGGGGGAAAGUUGUUGACCAACCAUCUAAAGGAAAUCUUAUCUUACAGGCAACUUCAUGUGUUAGAUGAAACAUAUGUCAUUAAUCAGGUUAAAGAGGACACUUGUUAUGUAUCAGAUGACUUUUACAGAGAUAUGAGUAUUGCUAGGCUAAAAGGUGCCAAGAACACAGUUGUGAGGGAUUAUGUGUUGCCUGACUACACCCAUUUGAAGCGAGGUUAUGUUAAGUCAGCAACAGAGAUGUGGCUUGGAACAAAGAAAGAAAAUGAACAGAUCUUACGAAUGAACAAUGAAAGAUUUGCUGUUCCAGAGCUGUUGUUUCAUCCAUCUGAUAUAGGAAUCCAGGAAAUGGGAAUACCAGAGGCAAUUAUUCAUUCCAUAGAACAGUUGCCAGUAGAAAUGCAGCCUCACUGUUAUAUGAACAUACUUUUGACUGGAGGAUGUUCACUGUUCCCAGGAAUGAAAGAAAGAGUCUUCUCUGAGGUUCGAUCACUUGCUCCUUAUGAUGUAGACGUUGCGGUUCAUUGCCCAUCAAGGCCUGUGACACAUGCUUGGGAGGGUGGAGCAGCUCUGUCAAAGACGGACGUGUUUGUUGGCAAGAUGUGCGUGACCAAAGCCGAGUACGAUGAACACGGAAAGAACAUCUGCAGAGAAAAAUUUGAUUCUUGAUUCCGCUGUAUUUGUCAGUUGGAAUCUUACCCAUCCAUUGCUGUUGCAUAUCAAACACAAGAUUCAAACCAACCGGAGAGAAGUCCAACAGAAUCGUGUGAUUCACUAGGCUUUUAGAGUAAGUCGGUCUGUGACUCGUUCUGCGAUGUACGUUAUCAGGCAAAGUUAAGGUGAUUUGAACUUGACCAAGUGAAAGAACUCUUCACGGAAAGGAAAGGCGUGAUGGUCGAAAUGACGGCUAUUGGCGGCCAAUUUUUUUUCCACCGUUGUUGACGUAGAUGUUAACAUACGACAGGAACAGUUGUGCAAGUGGUUAUGCCUAUGACUCAUAUGAGAUGAUCGCUUUGUUGCAACAGGAAAAGCUGUUAUCAAGGCUAAAUAAAGUCCUAACGCCACAAGUUA